CGCAUAUUGCACGGAAACUAGAACAUCCAUCGUGAAUGGAAUUUUUGCACUUUAACCACCAUCAGAUUCUGAUCAUUGUAGGAGAUGGACUCAAUAGCUAGUGUAAGUCCAGCUGAACCGUGUAACGUGAGAACUUAAGUGUAAGAAAUGCAUUCACUGAGAAUGUAUCAGCAACCUCUGACGUAAGCCGAUGAGGUCGGCCAAUGCUCUGUUUCAACAAAGUUGCGACCAGUCGGGAAUUUCCGCUGUUACGUUACAAUCCGAAAGGCAAGAGGGCUUAAAUAUAUGAAGUGCAACCGGACAUGCACUAUACAAGACUGACACACUUUGUAAGAACUCGUUGUUUAAUUCGAACUCCUGAAAAACCCUUGUACAUCAACACAGGAAGCAGUCGGACUGUAUCGUAAACACACGCAUAUAUAUACUCUCUGAUCCCUCUUAAUUCUUGGUACAGGGACCUCUUCACAAGGACACACAAGUGACAACCAACAAAAAAUAAAUAAGAACAUAUAGUGAUGAAUAUUGAGGCGUGGAACUCGGAGUUAUCAGACUUUCUCAUCGGGAACAACAUUGUGUUGGGACUUUAUCUUGUUUUAGGGGUUUUCGGAAAUGGCCUCGUUCUAUUCAUUUACUUGGUCCGUAUGUCAAAGAACAGCGAUGACCGUUAUUUUAUCCCGUCCCUCGCGGGAAUUGACGCAUGUGCGUGCGUUGUUGGAUCGUCGUAUGCCCUCGCCCUGAACCUGUUGCCCGUGAGGUUUCCUGGUGAUAUUCUUUGUCGUGCCCUGUGGUAUUUCAGCCAGACGACAACUAUUUCAGGAGGAACUCUGCUUUUAGUUAUAGCAGUUCAUCGCUAUUUGAAAGUUUGCCGCCCUUUCAUCGGAAAGUGGUCGCUCAAGGUAAAGAGACUGGUCGUGCUAGGAACAGUUGCGGUCGCAGCAGUUUUAUCCAUUCCAACGAUUUUCUUGUACGGAGAAAUUAAAGUAACUAGCGACCGAUACAGCGUUGAAAACACUUCUCUAGUGGGAUAUCGGUGUGGCAACAAGGGCUCUGCGGGCGCUCUUUUUGGAUAUAAUGUUUUCUUAUUUAUUUAUGCUGUGACGGGAAUAGUAAUUAUCACAAUCUGUUACACCUUUAUUGGUAGGUCUAUUUACAGUAAAGUCAUGACCUACAGAAAGUCUCUAAGACGUGUGAACGUUGUACCUCGACCCGAACUCUCGGUCUCCACUGUGUCUGACAUUAGACGGAGUAAGAACCUUGAAAAUUGUGCUACUAACGAUAAAAAUGGAGAUCACGGAUACCAAGAACAACCAAUCGAACGCACGCGAGUGAGUAGUAACUUUUUGAAACCCCCUGAGAAAGAACUACCAAAACACAUUAAAAGGAGGUCGCAUGAGCUCGUGAGGGCCAAUAUUCCAGCCAUGAAGAACCACUUUCAGCAUUACAAAUAUUCGUACAUGUUUAUGACGAUUACAGUUGUGUUUGUAAUUGCUUACUUGCCUCGCAUUGUCAUCAUGUUGCUCGAGUCGAUUUUCGUACAGACGUUUUGGCUUAAAUCAGACUCUGCCAUUGUAGGAUUAUUAUUUUUGUAUCGACUGUACAUUCUGAACCACGUUGUCAAUCCUUUCAUAUAUGGAUUUUUUGACGUCAAGUUCCGACACGAAGUAAAAUAUUUGAUUUGGAGACGUAAAAACAAACCUGUUCAUCCAGACAGUCAAACUGGUCAUUAGAAGUUCAUGCGUGCUAAAUAACAGAUAAUAUCAAUAUAUAAUAUUGACAAUAUUAUUGUCAAUAUUUGUGCUUUUGUUCAGUAUAUGAUGCAAAAUAUGGUUUUGUCUUUUCAAUUUCAAAAGGUGCAUUAUAAAGUUUGUUCCCGUAGGAUGUGUUAGGUUUUGCAAUAUAUGCACACAGAUGUACAUGUAUGUACAUUAAUAUGCAAGGUUUCUAGUUUCUGUCUAUGCAAUAUAUAUAAAUUAUAUUUUUCAUUUAUAUUAUUUCGUCAACUAGUCACGCGUGCAGUAUGUCACGUUUGAAGUGGCUGUUUACAGACUAAAGUGUUAUUUGUUAAAUUUAUAACUUGCCAUGUACUUUGUUUUCAACGGUUAACUAAAAUGUCCGAAUGUUUAGUAAUAAAUUAACAUAGUUGUGUUAAAUUCGAAAAAUCUCUGGGUUUUUUUUUAAAGAAUAAAGAACUAAAAGUCUCUGGUUAUAUUAGGUUCAUGUACCAAUAUGUCAUCAUCUAAUCGAAGCUAAAGUGAAGUUCAUUUGCCAUAGUUUUAUAUAAAUGAAUAAUUCAGACUUAUGAUAGAUUAUUAAUGUAUUGCAGUGCCACGUAUUCAUUUGGGAUUUCGCACUCCUCUCUGUGAGGUUACAGCAACAGGGAAUAUAGGGCAUUGUUUAAGGCCAUGU